UGAGAGGUAAUUGUUUUAAACUUGAAAAGGGUGUUUUUGUGUUCAAAUGUGAUUCGGCCAACAAGGCCGUGCGGUUAUGGUUGGGGUAUUGCAACAGCGAGAGCAGCCAGCAUCAAGCAAAGCCUUUAUUUAGUGCCAUUGGCGUCAGUAGCUCCACCUUUUGCUGCAAUAAAUGUAGCCUUCCCUCUUCUUCUUUCAUCCCUUUUUCUCCUCUCUUUUUCUCUAUUCUAUUCUUUACAUUUCAAUUUCCCCUCUCCUCCUCUCUUUUAUGUGCAAAGCUGAUCCAAAUUUGAAUGUUCUUUGUGGUUUUUGAGGAGUUUGGCCUUCUGGGUUUUGUUCCUUUUCUUGAUUCUUAGCUCUAAUGGAAAACGAGGAUAAGCUUGUUGUUCAAAGGACUCAGGUGGGUUCACGUGAAGAACCCAUUUCAAUUCCUGUCCAAAAGGAUGAAGGUACAGCUGGGAUCACUGAAGAAAAAGAGCAUUCUAAUCAAUGGAAGAGAUCGAAUCUUGUCCUCGAGAUACCGUCUCGAACACCCGAAUCGUCCCCACAAGAUUAUCAUGCUAUAAAGAUGCCUCAAACUCCUAGGAAAGUAAAUUUUCUCUUGACACCAAGUCCUUCAGAUGUGAGAAUUAAUGGAUCUGGAUCACCUGGUCCAUCUUCAUCUAGAGGCAAAUCAUCUAUAAGAAGUCUCUUUCCUAAGUUAAGCUUUAUCCAUAGAAGUUCUUCAGACAUUGAGAAGGUUGCUAACCUUGCCCUUGAAGGUUCAUCACAUGGGGCACAAGAGAAGCCUUCAAUAUCUAGGUCUUUGUCUCUUUCAAAGAUAUUCACCCCUAGGAUAAAGAGGACUUCAUCACUACCUGUUACUCCCAUCAUUCACUCGAAUCCCGAAUCGGCGCACGGUGGAAUGAGAGGAGGCGCUACCAACUUUAUUGGAAAAGGAGCUCAACGAAAAAUAUCUCGUUCACUUUCUGUCCCGGUGAAUGAUAAAGAGUCAAGUUUGAGGAGGAUGGAUUCAUUUUUCCGUGUAAUUCCUUCAACACCACUUGUGAAGGGAGGAAGUGGAAAGCUAAAUAUACCCAUAGAGGAAGCUGAAGAUAAUGCUGGUGAAGAUAUACCUGAAGAAGAGGCUGUUUGCAGAAUUUGUCUGGUUGAAUUGUGUGAAGGUGGCGAGACGCUAAAGAUGGAAUGCAGCUGCAAAGGUGAACUUGCUUUGGCACAUAAGGACUGUGCCAUCAAAUGGUUUAGCAUCAAGGGGAAUAAGACAUGUGAUAUAUGUAAGGAAGAGGUCAGAAACUUACCUGUUACUCUGUUACGGAUCCAAAGUAUUCGAGCUCGAAGCACCGGAGCAAUCAGAGCUCUGCAGGAAGAUGUCAAUGGAUAUAGGGUCUGGCAGGAAGUUCCCGUGCUCGUAAUCGUGAGCAUGCUUGCCUAUUUCUGUUUUCUCGAGCAACUACUGGUCGGUAAAAUGGGUAGUGGCGCUAUCGCAAUAUCCCUCCCUUUUUCUUGUGUACUUGGACUGCUCUCAUCCAUGACCUCAUCAACUAUGGUUAAGAGAAGGUUCGUCUGGGUAUACGCCUCAUUUCAGUUUGCUCUUGUCGUUCUCUUUGCACAUAUCUUUUACUCCGUGGUUGGCAUACAAGCAGUUCUAUCUAUUCUUCUUGCAACUUUUACGGGGUUCGGUGUUGUGAUGAGCGGUACUUCGAUCCUAGUUGAGUUCAUCAGAUGGAGAAGAAGAUGGCAAGCUUCAUUGGAGCAACAUCAAACACAGAUGAUCACACGACCAGGCCAGUUUCCUAGAACAUCGAGUGUAUAACAAGAAAACCGUCCAGACUGAUAUCGACACCGAACCAGAUACAUACUAGAGGAACAAUAGCAGAAGUGUAUUUUGUUACUUAUACCAUACGCAGUUUCGCUAGCUCAAUCGGUCAUAGCAAACGUGUGUAAAUGAGAAAUUUGUGUUGUUUACCUGUGUUUUUCAUCAAGUCAAUGAGGAAUUGGCUUCAUAGGCUUCUUUUUGUUUCUUUUUCAUGGUAUUUUGUAGAACAAAGUUGCAUUGUUUUUUCUUUUUUCUUUGGUGGAUGAGAGUGCACUAAAAGCAUUUGUGAAAGUUUUUAUGUUAUGUAGAUUUGUAUCACUCACUUUCUGAUGUGAGUGAUUUAUAGAAUAAACCAUUCCUCUUGUAACAUACAUUCUUUUUCACUUAUUUUUCAUAUGGAUUUGUCAA